GCCGCCUCCUUAUACGGAGGUCCCUCGCCUUUCUCCGGUUACUUGUAGGUUAAAUUAGUUUGUCUUUUUCCACGGAAGUUUCUACUGUAUUUCCCGGGACAUCGCCCUGCGGAGCUCAGCAUGGGCACCGUCCACGCCAGGAGCCUGGACCCUCUGCCCAUGCACGGGCCAGAGUUAGGAGUUCACGCAGACGACAUUGAUGCUCCAGAAAUUGACCAUGAGCCGAAGCAAGAAGUUCUUGAAAACAAGGAUGUUGUGGUUCAACGAGUGCACAUAGACGGGCUUGGAAGAACCAAGGAGGACCUGCUGACUUAUGAAAUAGCAGAAGUUUUCCGGGCAAAGAACUUGAUCGAUGUGAUGAGAAGGUCCCACGAAGCCCGACAGAAACUUCUGCGUCUUGGUAUCUUCAGAAAAGUGGAAGUUGUUAUUGACACCUCAAGAGGUGAGGAUGCUCUUCCUAAUGGCCUUGAUGUGACCUUUGAGGUCACCGAGCUGAGACGCAUGACGGGCAGUUACAACACCAUGGUCGGAAACAAUGAGGGAAGCAUGGUACUGGGCCUGAAGUUACCCAAUGUGUUUGGCCGGGCAGAAAAACUGACAUUCCAGUUUUCCUAUGGUACCAAAGAGACGUCCUACGGCCUGUCCUUGUUCAAACCCCAGCCAGGUCACUUUGAGCGCAAUAUCUCAGUCAACGUGUACAAAGUAACAGGUCAGUUUCCAUGGAGUUCACUGAGGGAGACAGACAGAGGAGUCUCUGCAGAAGUCAGUUUCCCUGUUUGGAAGACCAGCCAAACCCUAAAGUGGGAAGGAGUGUGGAGAGAGCUGGGCUGUCUGGCUCGCACUGCCUCUUUUGCCGUCCGGGAGGAGAGUGGCCAUUCCCUCAAGUCCUCACUUUCGCAUGCGAUGGUCAUCGACACCAGAAACUCCUCCAUCCUGCCCAGGAGAGGUGGCCUGUUGAAGAUUCAUCAGGAACUUGCUGGUUACACUGGUGGAGAUGCCAGUUUCCUAAAGGAGGACUUUGAGAUCCAGCUCAACAAGACACUCUUCUGGGACUCAGUCCUUUCCACUUCACUUUGGGGCGGUUUGCUUCUACCUAUUGGGGAGAAGCCAACUAGCAUAGCAGACAGGUUCUAUCUCGGUGGCCCCACCAGUAUCAGGGGAUUCAGUAUGUACAGUAUGGGCCCACAGAGUGAAGGCAUGGCAGGUGACUACCUGGGAGGAGAGGCCUACUGGGCUGGAGGCCUCCACCUCUACACCCCUUUACCCUUCAGACCAGGCAGGGGAGGCUUUGGGGACCUCUUCAGAACGCACUUCUUCCUCAAUGCCGGAAAUCUUUGUAACCUCAACUAUGGUGAAGGGCCACAUGCACAUUUGAAGAAACUGGCAGAAUGCAUCCGUUGGUCAUAUGGACUGGGCAUUGUACUGCGUUUGGGAAACAUCGCCAGGCUGGAGCUGAAUUACUGCAUUCCCAUGGGCGUCCAGAGUGGAGACAGGAUAUGUGAUGGAGUCCAGUUUGGAGCAGGAAUCAGAUUCUUGUAAAACCAUGUCUUUUAUGCCAGGUGCAUUAUGAUGGAAGAGGAAAAUGCUUGUACAGAAUCAUUGUUGCAACAAAUUAGUUCAAUAAAAAUGUUUACACCGAC